UUACAGACGGGCAACAGUCUCAUCAGUCACUACAGCACUUGAAGGCAGCAGUAGGUCUUAAAAUUCAAUGCGCAGGUGAAAAAAAGACCGCGGCAUUAUUUAGCCUUUUGCCUUUGGUCUGGCAUGUUAGAUUUUCCUGAGUAGUUUUUUUUUUAUCUUCAACUUUGAGGAGAUUCAGCAGAGUUUUUCUUUCUUUAUUUAAUUUUUUGAAUCCCGUAGUGAGUAGCCCGGUGUCACGCAUGGCUCCCCGGGCGGUCUGGCUCCUGGUCGCGCUUUCCGGUGUCCUGCAUGUGCGCUCCUGCUGGGCUUAUACCUGUCCGGCCAUCUGCCGCUGCAGCGCCGACACCUUUCAGUGCAGCAGAGACACUCAGCUGGCCUCUCGGGCCAGGGCAACACCCGUGCCUCGACUAAGGCUCAAUCAUCUGCCCUUGAAAGAAGUCCCCACUCAUGCCUUCAAGGACCUGAUCAACAUUACAGUAAUAGAGAUCUCCCAGAGCGACUGCAUCACACGGAUAAAGAGACAUGCCUUCCUCUCCCUCCACAACCUGGCUGAAAUUUCAGUGCAGAAUAUCAACAGUCUAAGGGUUAUUGAAAAAGGGGCCUUCACUGACCUGCCCAAGCUGGGAUAUUUGAGCAUCUCUAACACAGGGCUGAUACACUUCCCAGACUUCACAACUAUCUCUUCCCUGGCGCCGUAUAUUAUUCUCCAAACAGCCUGGGUGAAGGUUAUCUCCUCCGUGUACAGAGAAAUGGCAGACAACAUGAGGAUUGACAUCAUUCCUGCCAAUUCUUUCCAGGGUAUCACAGAGGAGUAUGUUGACAUGAACCUGGUUAGAAAUGGCUUCAAGAAAAUAAAAGCUCACGCAUUUAAUGGAACCAAGCUCAACGCACUGAUUUUCAGAGACAACAGAUAUCUCAGUGACAUUCAAGAAGAUGCUUUUGAAGGAGCCACAGGUCCAAUUUCUCUGGAUGUUUCCUCCACAGCUGUGAGUUCCCUCCCCCCGAAAGGAUUGAAGCAGGUGAGAUUUCUAAAAGCCAGGUCUGCAUUUGCUCUGAAGAGCCUUCCUCCACUGGAGAGCCUGGCGGAGCUGCUGGAGGCCGAACUCACAUACUCCAGCCACUGCUGUGCCUUCCACACAUGGCGUCUGAAACAAAGGGAAAGUGCCUUAAAGAACUUCUCAAAGUUUUGUGAUUUCACCGAAACUGAAAUAGAGCCCAUUGCAGAUGGCGUGAAUCCUAUCGAUGACAUCAACUUUCAGUACCCAGACCUGGAAUUUCUUUGUCUUAAUAGCCCCUCUGUCAAGUGCACGCCAACGCCAGAUGCUUUUAACCCUUGUGAGGACCUGCUGGGGUUUUCCUUCCUGCGCUGUCUCACCUGGAUAAUUACGGUGUUUGCUGUGACUGGUAACCUGGCUGUUCUGGCUAUGCUGCUGAUUAGCCACCACAAGCUAACCAUCUCCAGAUUCCUCAUGUGUAACCUGGCCUUCGCUGACCUCUGCAUGGGGCUCUACCUGAUGCUUAUUGCUUUCAUGGACUACCUCUCCCGCCACCAGUACUACAACCAUGCCACAGACUGGCAGACAGGGCCCGGAUGUGGCAUAGCAGGGUUUCUGACUGUGUUUGCCAGUGAGUUAUCAGUAUAUACACUGACUGUGAUUAGCCUUGAACGCUGGCACACCAUCACCAAUGCCAUGCAUGUCAACAAGAGGUUGCGGAUGCGCCAUUUGGCAGCCAUAAUGGGGUCAGGCUGGGUCUUCUCUCUGCUGGUGGCCUUGCUCCCUCUUGUGGGGGUCAGCAGUUACAGCAAAGUGAGCAUCUGUCUGCCCAUGGACAUCGACAAUCUGGCCUCUCAGGUUUAUGUGAUGGCUGUGCUCAUUCUCAAUGUUUUCGCUUUCCUGGUGGUCUGCUACUGUUACAUAUGCAUAUAUCUGAGUGUUCGCAACCCAGAGCACUCUACCCGUCAUGGAGACACCAAGAUUGCCAAGCGCAUGGCUGUGCUCAUUUUCACCGACUUUAUAUGCAUGGCCCCAAUCUCCUUCUUCGCCAUCUCCGCAGCCCUGUGUAUGCCCCUCAUAACCGUGUCUCACUCAAAGAUCCUGCUUAUCCUUUUUUAUCCCAUCAACUCCCUCUGCAACCCUUUCUUGUAUACCCUCUUCACACGGGCUUUCAGGAAGGAUGUGUGCCUGCUGCUGAGUCGCUGCGGCUGCUGCCAUGCCAAUGCUGACUUGUACAGGUCACAGACUCUGGCUUCACACCUCAACAUGCCCAACAGAAACCCUCACUCACUUAGCUUCUAUGCCUAUCAUAUUAAGAAGAAGGAUUGCUUUCUAAACAAGGGAGCAACAUGAUCAUUAAUACUGAGAAUUAUAUUAUGAACUUAAAGGCAGCAUCUGCUCCUUAAAAUGUAGCAUUUCUUUAAACUUUAGUUCAGGGUGAAAAGAUUCUCAGUCUUGUACAUAGCAGGCGCUGAUCAGAUUUGAUCUAGGUUAGUUUACAAAUUGAGAAUUCCAUUAGUCAGGACCAAGCGACCUCAAAUUAAAGAUGUGUGAUGUGAAGCAGAUGGAUGAAGCAGGAAUGGGGAACAAAUAAUAAUAAUAAUAAUAAUAAUUAAAAAUGGGAGUCUGUUUCAACUCAUCAGAGAUGAGUUUUAGUGCCAUCUAUUGGGUUGCUGAACAUUUGGACUGGGAGACUUGAAGACAGCAGACAAGCCAGAUCAGCCACAGACACUCAGUUCAAGCAGUGUCUUCCAGAAAUAUUAGUGCUGUUCAAAAUGGCAUGGAUUUUCACAAAAAGACAUUUUAAUAAAAUAAAAAGUGUGGUCAAUUGAUACAUAUGCUGACCAUCUUUUUCAAAGUGUUUCCCCAUUUAGCUAAAAACACAUCUCAGCACCAUCUUUGACAUUUUUUAGUUUUGUCCUUUCCAUCAACUUUCAGAGAUAAGCUUGUAUGUACUAUGGUUGACUUUACUGAUCUAAUCUCUAUUUGAAACUGUACAUGUUGAUAAAUAUGCUGGACAGAAACAUAUUUGCAUCCUUUCAGUGAACUGUCAGAUAACUGUUGAAAAUGGUAUAAUUUAUAUAAACUGGUAAGCAGAUCAUCACAUUUUGGUGGUGCCACAAAUCCUGCCUUUGUGGUAGGGAGUUUGCAUAUUUUAUAUAGGAGAUCUGCAUUUUGACCAAGCUGUGAAGACAAAUGUAAUUUUGUGUUGUAGAAAUGGUUUUUUUUCUUAUUUCAUAUGCUGUUAAGAAUUUUCCAUCCACUUUGAACUUGCAAACCCUUGUGGGGGGGGUCCCCGCUCCCAAGUUGGUAGGUACAGUAUACUAUGUGCAAAUAUGCACACUUCACUAUUUUUGACGUAAUAUUUGAAACUGAUAUACCAGAACAAUAACUUUACAAUUUUAUGCUGAGGAAAAGACACAAGGCCUGCCCCAAAUAAAUACUGCCCAUGUCAAAAUGUCAAAACAUUUUCCAAGGAUUUGUUGCUUAUUUGUUUUGCAUGUUGUUGCUGGAGCUGUCACGCACCCCUUAAAUAUUUUAUUUUCAGCUGUGGAGUAGCUAGCUUGAGUGUCUAUCCAAUCCACAGUCAAUUGAUUUUAGUGUCCAUGCUGGCAUUUAUAAAUUAAUUGUGUCAUGUUCCAGUGAAUUUGUAUGUAGUAGUUUUGUUUUAAUAGUGAAAAGAAACAAAAACUUCUGAGUUCAUUAGAAAAAUAAUAUGACAACAAGGGAACACUUGCUUUGUACAGGGUUGCACAGAAAAAAAUGGUUCAUUAAAUGCAGCACAAUAGUGCAGUUCAGUAUAUUUGAAGCAUGACGAAAGGCAAGAUAUAACAAUGUUUGAAAAUCAAACAGCACAUUAUGUACCUUUAAAGCAACAUGAUCAUGGCAGAAGAAAACACAUUCCAGGUCAAAUAAUGUUUUGCUCCACUAAUAAAGAAAACUAUUUUCAGCUAAAUAUUAUACAACAUAAAUUCAAGCUGUUUGUCUCAGUAGUCUGGAUUCACAGGCAACGCUGGAAGUAAUUGGUUGUAAUGUUGUAAAUGACUUGCAGUAUUGCUCAGAUAAUUACAUAAUGA